CGUCGUGCACUACGUUUUUCCACAUGGAUCCCUCUUGGACUAGUUUUAUUUCUUCGUCAGUUACCCAAUUAUUUCAAAAUCCAGAAGUCAUAAUUCCGUACAGAUUGGAACAAUCCUCGAAGCUAGCUUUUGAGCCUCAGGAUAGUUUCACCAACGCUCUGGAAGUGGUCAACUACAUCCGCUACAUCUCUUGUCGAGUCAAUCGUGGCAAGGAAGUCGUUGCCAACUUUGAACUUUUGAAGGAGGUUCUCAUAAAUGAGAUGCCCUUCAAUGAGCCUCACUAUGCGAUUGAAAUGAUUAUUUUCAUGCUGGAAAAGGCCAAGACGUGUGUGGCCACGCUGAAUAAAAUAUACAAUCAACGGAAAUCAAUUGACAAUGGGGUUACCCUGAAGAAAAAGGAGAUUUACGAUCUGCUCUCUGCAUGCUUCUUUUGCUGCUUUUCUCAAGAGAGAGUCAGUCAGAUCAAACUGAUCGAUUUUGCUGGGCUUUACGAAAAGCACAGCGAGGAAAAUCCACAGCACAUCAUGAAUUCUGCCAAAAAAGAGAAGAUCAAAUGCCUGCUGAAUUACUUUAAAUAUGGCUACAAAAACUACAAUGAACAAUGUAUGAAAAAUGUUGAUCUUUAAUAUGAAAAAGUA